CUGGAGAUACUGCACUCAGCCCUCCUCGGCCUCCCUCGUUCUUCAAUACCGAUGGCUAAAUCAAAAGACAUCAGCCGAAUACCGAAGCCUAAUUCUUAAUUCCGAAUCUCAAAUUCCAGAUCUCCAAUUUCCUCAUCAUCAAUAUUUUUGUUGAUGUUAGUUAUCAAAGUGAAGGCAACCUUCCCAUCAGACGGCUUCUCGGAGUUUAUAUAUCACCCGAUUGGCCAGUACAACAUCUAUGCUUCCCCAACCGACCUCUGAACUACAACCUCACGCAAAGUAUCACUCAUAUCAUUGGUGGUAUACCAGUAAAACUCUCAGCCUUGCUGCUCCAUGAUGUCGAAAUAUUACAGCCUUAUUGUCCCACGAUUAUGAAAACUUACAUCUCGCCCUCCCGGAGAGCGUUCGAGGCCGUCGUACCGCGUCAUGCAGUUAUAUGACCCUAACUGCCGCGGUAGACAUGGAGACGUAUAACUAACGCGUCAGCUCUUCCAGAGUGGCAGGUCCGGCCCAUAAUGUUAAAUAAUAAGCAUAUCACCAGAAUCUACAGCCAUCCAACUCCAAGGUUAUUCAAAUUCUCACUCCUGCGUGGUAUCCCAAUACCAUCAAAAUACCGCCAGAUUUCUCAAACUCCCAACGCAACUCACAAACAACUCUCAACAAUGGCACCUGCCAAACCCUGGGCCGACGGUCCAUUCAAACUAAUCCCAACCCCCCUCUUCACCCAAGGCCCCGACAAGCCAGUCGACCAAUACGUAACCGUCGCCAGCCAAAUGGCUAUAGCACAUAACACUAUGAUCCGCGCGCUCAACAGCAUCUAUCUCCAAGCUCCGCACGUCAAGCCAGAGGAUUAUAAAGAUUUCAUCGGAUAUAGCCUAUGCUGGUACCAGCUGAUCACGAAUCACCACCGCGGCGAGGAGGAUCGAUUUUUCCCGCAGAUCGAGGAGAAGACUGAGAAGGGGCUUAUGGAGGUUAAUGUCGAGCAACACCACGCCUUCGAAGCCGGUAUCGAAUCCUACAACACCUACCUCCAAUCCCUCCUCCCCACCGGCACCUCCUUCUCUGCCCCCAAACUCCUGGCCAUAAUCGACUCCUUUGCCCCCGCCCUAACGACUCACCUCGCCGACGAGAUCCCCUCCCUCCUCUCCCUCCGACGCUACGGCGAUGCCCUCCCCCUUGGGAAACUCGCCGCGAUCGAGUUUCAGAAGGUGGGGAUGGGAGCGGUGAGGACGGAGGGGGGACAUAUGUUUUUUGUGAAUUUGGAUAGGGGGUUUGAGGGGGGAUUGUGGAGGAAUUUCCCGGCUAUACCUGCGCCGGUGAGGUUUGUGCUCACGAGGGUGUUUGGGAAGUGGAAUGCGGGGUGGUGGAAGUUUGCGCCGUUGGAUUAUGAUGGGAAUCGGAAGGAGCUGUAUGCGCUUGGGGACUGACUAUCAAAGUCUCGCUUCUAAAUCGAGGUGCGGGUUAAGAAAGUUAGGAGUUGGUGUUGUUUUUGGAUUCGAAGCUUUUUAAGAUGCUACGAUCAUUCAUCAUAUGCUAGAAUCUGUUUGGUUUUGAAAGGAUCGUUUUGAGAGAUUGGAGAUGAUGCGAGGGAGAGGGCUCAAUAAUGUGCGCAAUUGAUAGGAAGAAUAUAGUAUGUAUGUACAAAUAACACACGAUUUAUUACAUUAAACAAUCUCCAG